UGCCGUCUCAGGUAGACGUGGUUCAAGUUACGGUUUCAAUAGAUUCCCUACCACUUGAAACGCCCGGUACCUGUUCCUGGACGCUCUCACUAUCGCGACUAGCCUCCCUUGCGACACCAUCACAAACCUUCCCAACUGGGCUCCCUCCCGCAGUCCCGCCUAGCUUGUGCACAUCGUCGUAGCAAUGUCGAGCCGCUACAUUUUGCCAGUCGAGCCUGCGGAUGGCCGCGGCGAGACCGUCGUCAUCGAAGUGCUGCACCAGGGCACUCGCCCUCUCGAUGUGAGAUUGGUGGGCUGCGAGGGCGAAACCCCAUAUGUGACUUCGAUCACCCACAGCAAUCUCGCCAGUCUCAAGCACAAAUUCAAGGGCAGCGACGACGAGUGGGCCGCCGUCUUGUCUCAUUUCCUGCUCCAGCAACAGCCCGAAAUCGGACAGACCGACAUCUUGGACGGUGUUCGCAUGGUCUACACUCUGAAAAACAAGAAUCUAGAACUUUGUUUUCGCCAGGACGUUGGGAACAUCAAGGUCACGUUGGGUGCGAUUGUCCUUCCAGAGGACGAUGAGUUUGAGUUUAAUCCCUUCGAGUGGGCGCAGGCAUCAGCCAUGGCGCACGCCAGAACCCUGCAAAACGUGGUCGACUUGAAGGUCCAAGUCAAGAGCGAGCAGCACACCAUCGCCAAACUCAAUGCGCAACUGGAUGACUUCAUCAAAACUAAGAAUGACACGGAGACGGCCAUGCUCCAGCAGUUCAUGCAACUGCUAAACGAGAAGAAGCGGAAGAUCCGGGACCAGAGUCGUCUGCUAGCUGGCGCAAAAGUCGAUAAGCCCAUAGCGGCGGCCGUACAGUCGACCCGAGCAGACACCAAGACUCGCAAAGCAGGCGCAUCGCGAACGUCGAAGCGCAAAGCUCCGGCACAAGCAGCAGAACCAGAGGCAACACCAGAUGCAGACAGCGACCAGAUGGAGAUCGAUCAGGCCAAGAUCGAAGAGCAGGAUGACGAGGAAAUGCCCGAACCCAUGACCCCAGAGCAGUCCGACAAUGAAACAGACGAGGAGGAUGAACCUGCACCACAUCCCAGAGGCAGGUCAUCCGAGACGCUGAGAGCAAGUUCUGUUGCACAGAGUUCUAAAAGUGAAGCCGCGGAGAGCAAGGGCGCACCACCACCUCGAACACUUCCCUUCCAGAAGAGAACGACGCGAAGUGAAAAUGUACAGAAACAGCCCUCUCCAGCUGCAGCAACAGCAGCGGACGACGAGGAUGAUGACGAGACGGAUGACGAAGAGCUGUAGGACAAAGGCUGACUGACUGCGUUUCACUGCAUUAGUUUGGGUGAAACCAUCUCUACCAAACUCCUCGAAAGACGCCGCGUGCUUCCCGGGUUUCCUUUUGGCGAGACUUCGGGAGACGACCUGCAUCGAGAAACUCUAAUCAAUGCCAUGAAGUACGUUUGGUU